AUGGUUGACUUAGUGGUAAGGACUGUAGGACGAAUGAAGCAAACCAGAGUGGCAGUUAUAGCAAUGAGCUGCCCAUCGAAAGUCAUCGUUCCUAUGGGCAUCUACACUUCUGAUUACCUGAGAAGCCAAUCGCUUUCGUUCAAGUUUGCUAACGACAAGAUCGCUACAUCUCAAGCAUACAGACUCGCUAAAAAGCUUCUAGAUGCAGAGAUUACCGAAGAAAAAAGGGUAGCCGUGUUCUCAGAUGGUCAAAGUUCAACAUGUGACAUACCUGGAACUGGAGAUAAGGAUGAACGCAGCGUUGCUGACAAGAUGCGCCGAAAUGGCACGAAUAUUGUUAUGGUGCCCACUGGAAAACCCGCGAAUAGAACGAAUGUGGAAGAUAUUGCGGAGGAUCCCAGCAAUGUACUAGACACUAAGCACGGGAAGGACAUUAUGGCAAAACCGAAUUCCGACGAGGCCAGGGAAAUGGAAGAUCGUUUGCUUGAUGCGCUCACAAAUCCUGUGGAACUCAAGCACACUACAGCUUCUCACGAAGAGACUGCAGAAACCGAAAGCGGGCGCAUCCAAAGUGUGGAAGUCAAUCGUCUUUUUACUGGACGCUCGAAUGCUUGCUAUCAAAGAUGGGUGGAAGAAUGCGGUUCAUCGUCAUAUCACGUCAAACCCAAAACCGGAGGACCCGACAGCAUGAACCUUCACAGGACGAAAGAGUCCCCGGUUCGAGAGAACCCAGACACGGAGGAGCCCGAAAGCAGUGAAGCUCCUCAAGACGAAAGAGUCACCGUUUCGAGAGAACGCAGAACCCGGAGGAAGCCGCGAAGCAGUGAACCUCCUCAGACCAAAGGGUCACCGGUUUCGAGAGCACCAGAAACAGCGAGGAGCCCGAAAGCAGGUGAACUUCAGCAGGGCGAAAGAGUCACGCGAACGCAGAAACCCGAAGGAGCCGCGAAAGCAGUGGAACUUCACAGGACGAAAAUAGUCACCGGUUUCGAGAGACACCCAGAAACUCACGGAGGAGCCGAAAGCAGUGACGCUCCUCAGGAGAAAGAGUCACCGGUUUUGAGAGCACAGAAACACGGAGGAGCCCGAAGCAGUGAACGCUCCUCAGAACGACAGGGUCACCGGUUUUCGAGAGAACCAGAAACCGGAGGAGCCGAAACAAGUGAACGGCUUCCAGGAACGAAAAGUCACCGGUUGAUAAAAGUCACUCGUUUCGAGAAGAACAACCCCGGAGGAAGCCCGAAAGUCAGUGAACGCUCCUCAGGACGAGAAGAGUCCGGUUUCGACGAACCAGAAACACGGAGAGGCCCCGAAGCAGUGACCUCCUGCAGGACGAAAGGGUCCUCGUUUCGAAGCCGCAGAAACACGGAGGAGCCCGAAAGCAGUGAAACCUUCCUCGACGAAAGGAUCACCGGUUUUGAGAGAACGGCCGAAACACGGAGGAGCCCAAAGCACGUGAACUUCUCAGGACGAAAGAGUUCACCGAGUUUCGAGAGAACGUUGAGAGUGACCGCGAAUGUUGUAACUUCACCAAAUGGGACAGGCGGUCGCAUGCCGUACAUAUCACUCAACCAAAAACCCGGAGGAGCCGAAAGCAGUGAACCUUCACGGACGAAAGGAGUCACGGUUUCGAAGAGAAGCAGAAACACGGAGAGCCCGAACGCAGUAAACGCUCCUCAGGACGAAAGGGUCACCGGAGAAGAGUCAUCCGAGUUUCGAGAGAACCAGAAACCUCGGAGAGCCCGAAAGCCAGUUGAACCUCCUGCAGGACGAAAGAAGUCACCGGUUUCGAGAGAACCAGAACAGGAGACCCCGAAAGCAGUGAACCUCCUCAGGACGAAAGGGUCAUGGUUUCGAGGAACCCAGAACAUGGAGGAGCCCGAAGUCAGUGCACUCCUCAGGACGAAAGGAUACCCGGUUUUGAGAGGAACCCGACAAAAACACGGAGGACCCGAAAAGCAGCGGUCAUCCGUCAUAUCACGUCCGCAAAACGGAGAGCCCGAAAGCAGUGAACUUCCAGGACGAAAGAGUCACCGGUUCGAGAGACCAGAAACACGAGGAGCCCGAAAAGCGAGUGAACCUCCUCAGGACGAACAGGUCACCGGUUCGAGAGAACCAGAAACCCGGAGGAGCCCGAAAGCAGUGAACCUUCACAGGACGAAAAGAGUCACGAGUUUCGAGAGAAACCAGAAACGUGAGAGACCGAACGCAGUGAACCUCUCAGGAGCGAAAGUCACCGUCUUCGAAGAGAACGAGCCCGGAAGCAGUGAACCUUCACAGGACGAAAAGAGUCACGCGGUUUCGAGAGAACCAGAACCAGCGAGGAGCCCGAAAGCAGUGCAACUCCUUCAGGACGAAAGGGUCACCGGUUCGAUGAGAACACAGAACGCUCGAGAGCCCGAAAGCAGUGAACGCUUCACAGGAGAAAGAGUCACCGGUUUCGAGAGACCAGAAAACCGGAGGAGCCGAAGCAGUGAACCUUCACAGGACGAUAAAGAGUCUACGGUUCGAGAGAACCAGAAAGCGGAGAAGCCCGAAACAGUGAACUCCUCAGAACGAAAGGUCACGCGGAGCCUGAAGCGCCGUGAACGCUUCACAGGACGAAAGAGUCACCGGUUUCGAGAGACCGAAACACGGAGCAGACCCGAAGCAGUGAACCCCUCAGAACGAAAGGUCACCGGUUUCGAGAGACCAGAACACGGAGGGAGCCGCGAAAGCAGUGACUUCACAGCCGAAAGGUUACGCCGGGCUUCGAGAGAACCAGAAAACGGAGGAGCCCGAAACGCCUUGACCUGUCACAGACAAAGGUCACCGUUUCGAGAGAACAGACAGAAGCACGGAGGAGCUCGAAGGCAGUUGAACGCUCCUCAGGACGAAGGGUCACCGGUUUUGAGAGAACGGUGUAGUGACCGCGAUGUUGUAACUCCACCAUGUGGGAAACGGGUGGUCCAGUUCGUACAUAUCAGUCAACCAAAAACCCGGAGGAGCCCCAAGCAUAUGAACUUCAACGCAGGAACAGAGUUUGCCUGUUUAGAAUAG